GAUUUAGACAGAACAUGAUAUUCUCCCAUCCCAAGACUCAAGGCUGCUCGAAUUGUUGAUCGCGCCGAGCCUUGUUGGUAACCUUUGCAUUCUGUUCUGUCUUUCACUCAAUUUUUCUUGUUUUUCGAGCUUGCACGAGCAGUGACGAUACCCGACGCUUCAUCAACCAGAGCCAGCAGCUGCGUGAGAAGCUGGCAUCAUCCCCUCAACCCUAGCGCCGACCCCUAAUAAGCUCGACUAAGCACGCGAGUCGUUUUACGAGGUCAACGCGCCAAACUUCACCACGAUGAAGCCUGUCAAGCACUCGUCACUGCUUCUUCUCCUAUUACCAGCUUUUGCGACUGCCCUCGGCGACCCGAUCGGCGACGCGCGCGAUCUGGACACGUCUGCCAUUGUUGCUUCUGACGAGGCCGCUGGACACGUCGAUCCCAGUGACCGACGAGAAACGCCAACCAAAGAUGCACCCGUGGAUGGCAGAGAUGGGAAGCCCCAUUUAGGGCCAUUCGUCGGCUCGGACAGCACUGGCAAUGGCGACCAGGGUCUCCCCCCGUUAAAGGGUCGUCCGGAUGACUACACUGUCGUCGACGGGAAGAAGAUACCAAAAACGAACGACGGCGUUAUGUUCGACAAAAACCGCGAUCGACCUCAAGAGGGCACCACGGGCACGGAAGGCGGCGUCACAGAGAAAGAAAAGACACGCAAGGAACGAGAAAGCCAGCUCGGCGCACGAUUGCAAGCGCAACCCGAAUCUCCCAAGGAGCAGCCGCCGUUGCCGCAUAGCGAGGAAGAGAAGAUGGCGGGCAGCGCAACGCAGGGCAAAGAUUCCGUGGCCGACGAGAAAUCAUACACCGGAUUCGAGAAACCGGACGACCUGCCCGAGACAGGAGCCAACCCUCCCCCUGUGCCUGAAUCGGCAACGAAAUCCCACCUGGACCUCGCGGGCGACCCUGACACGCACACGACCGCCCCUGAAGAAGAUGACGAUGGCUUGAUCCAGCCAUUCCACUCCUUCGUGCUGUCACUGACCAUGAUUCUGGUGUCCGAGGUUGGCGACAAGACAUUCCUCGUCGCAGCCCUCAUGGCCAUGAAACACGACCGGAUGGUGGUUUUCUCGGCUGCUUUCGGUGCUCUGCUGGUGAUGACCGUGCUGUCGGCUGUUCUUGGCCAUACCCUGCCGGCUCUCCUCCCACGACGUCUGACUAGCUUUGCUGCUGCGUUGCUUUUCUUUGUGUUUGGCGGCAAGCUGCUUCGCGAGGGGAUGGAGAUGGACCCAAACGAGGGUGUCGGCGCCGAGAUGAGUGAAGUCGAGCAAGAGUUGGCCGAGAAGGAGAGGGAGAUGGGUCGCAACGGUCCAGAGGACCCCCACACGCUGGAAAUGGGGCUCAACGGACGCAGGUCACGAUCCAAGACUAGAAUGUCGUCGCCCCCAAGGUCUCCGUCUCAAUCGCCCCCGAGAACGUCUGCCGGAGCCAGCGCUCUCACGGGAGCAUUGCAGGGCAUGGGAAACCUGUGCUCUCUGCUGCUCAGCCCUGCGUGGGUACAGACGUUUGUGAUGACCUUUCUGGGCGAGUGGGGUGACCGGAGCCAGAUUGCUACCAUUGCCAUGGCUGCUGGACCGGAUUACUGGUGGGUGACGCUGGGGGCCAUGGUUGGCCAUUGCUUCUGCACAGGUGCGGCCGUCAUUGGAGGCAGGGCUAUCGCAGGGCGAGUCAGCCUUAAAGUUGUUACCAUUGGCGGCGCAGUGGCAUUUCUCGUUUUUGGAUUCAUCUACCUCAUCGAGGGCUUCUAUGCCUGAUGCAUUGGACCGUCCGCUUCAAUAUCGCGCUUUUUCACCAUUUUUCUACUUGUAAUUCACAAGCAUCGCCGGACGACGGCCCAUCUUUUGUUUCAUUCACUAAU